AUGAUUCGUGCUUCAACCCCCGUAGCAGUCCUUUUAACCAUAGCCUUUGGGCUGCUACUGGUCGCAACUCUAUCCACUCCAGUAAUCAAAUCUAUUGUGCUCGGAUCGGUGGACGAUGUUACAUUUGGUGUGUUGGGCUACUGCACCAAGACAGGGUGUACUUUGGAUAUUGAGUAUGAUGCUGCAAGCAUCACAACGACGUCCGAUUUCUCGAUUUCGCAGUCGAUACGAUCAGCCGUGUCCAAACUUCUGAUCGUCCACCCUGUGGCUGCCCUCGCCACUCUGAUCUAUGCCGUCCUUGCUGUCGUCUCCCACCUACAUUCCCCCUCCCACUCCUCGAGAUAUCUACUCCUCAUGUUUAUCUAUGGCCUGGUCUCGUUCCUUGUUUGUCUUCUGGCCUUCUUGACCGACAUCAUCCUGUUCAACCCCAAUGUCGCCGCCGGCACGUGGAUUGUGCUGGCAGCGACGGUGUUGACGUUAAUCGCCGCAAUUUUCUCCUUUGCCAUGAUGAAGAGCCUGGCCGGGCGGAAAGCUCGACAGAGGAACAUACAACAAAACGCAGAAAUGAGCGGCGAAAAUUACUACAACCGCCAAAGAACCCUCGCAGGUCCUUCCGAGACCCAGCCCACCGUCCCCUCGAUCUCCAACACGCAGACAGCGACCAUGGGUGCAGGGCUGGCCACCUCAUUCGAUAAGGAGACGUCGGAAGACAGUAUCCCCCUCACCCAACGGUCGCCGACAGAGAGAUCCCCGAAUGUCGGCCCAGUGGAACUACGCAGCUCCGAAGCAGCCUACAGUGGCCCCGUCGGACCUCGUAGACAGCCCCUGCGCGAUCCCUACGGCAAUCCUAUCAACGGUCCUCCAGGCAUG